UUUCUUAUAUUUAUCUCAAUUUUAUCAGUCCCGCGUACGUAUAUGAACAUUUGGCAAGUGGUCUUUGAAUUAUAUCAGAAAAAUGAUAUCUUUGAAAGUGAAGAGUGUUCUGAGCACGGUUUUUUGUGUAUUAUUGUCGUUCGUGGAAGUGAAAGGUAUUAUAGUAAAAACGGAAAAUGGAUUGGUUCAGGGAAAGAUAGGACGUACAGUAGGACAAAAUAAAACCUUCUAUGCAUUUCAAGGCAUUCCCUAUGCUAAACCACCCGUUGGACACUUGAGAUUUCUGGCUCCUCAGCCCAUAGAGGAUUGGAAUGAUGUCUUAACCACAGAUACAGACGCACCAAGAUGUAUUCAGACGAAUCAAAAUCAAGUAUUAGGAAAGGAAGAUUGCCUAUAUCUGAAUGUGUACACACCACAGUUGCCAGACGUAUCAAAACCUCUUCUACCUGUGAUGGUCUGGAUAUACGGUGGAGGAUUCGAAGCAGGAACAUCAGAAUACAACGAAACCGGACCAGACUACUUCUUGGACGAAGAUGUCAUCUUCGUUUCACUUAAUUACAGAUUGGGCGUUUUUGGGUUCUUAAGUUUGGGUGAUACUGUUGUGCCUGGUAACAACGGCUUGAAGGAUCAGAAUUUGGCGUUGCUUUGGAUUAAACAGAAUAUCAUAAACUUCGGUGGCGAUGAAGACCAGAUUACACUCUUUGGUCAGAGUGCGGGAUCGGCUUCAGUCUCAUAUCAUUCGCUCUCUCCUCAUUCUAAAGGAUUGUUCAACAGAGCUAUUUUGCAAUCUGGAACCUCAUUCUGUCUUUGGUCCUUCUCCAGAUUAGGACCUGAGGUAGCCAGGGAACUUGCAACCAACUUGAAAAUCAACACGACCUCUUCAGAAGCCAUACUCUACGCUUUACAGAACAUUGACGCUUAUGAACUCCAUCAAAAAGCCAGAGAAGCAACGCAAGCAAAAUAUCUGACUGCUGACCCCAAAGAUGGAUUCAUCUUUGCCCCAGUUCUUGAGCCUGAUCAUCCUGGUUCCUUUUUGAGCAACAGGAGUUACGAACUGGUGCGUACAGGGAAUUUCUUCAAGGUUCCCACCAUGUUGGGCUAUAACUCCUUGGAAGGUUGGACACAGGUAUCAAACGUAUUCAGAAUAUACUUGGUAAGGUACGACUUAACUCCCUCUAAACUGGUACCUGCAGAUAUGAAUAUUAAAGAUCCAGAAUUGAAGAAUAUUGUUGGUAAAAAAAUCAAAUAUCAGUAUUUUGGAUUGAUGCCCGUUUCACUAUCUACAGAUGACUUGCUAUUGUAUAUCAGUCAUGACCAGUUCGUAAGACCUAUUCAGCAAUAUGCUAAAAUGUUGGCGAAAUAUUCUCCUACAUAUAUGUACAAGUUUCAUUAUGAAGGUGCACUUGGAGGAAAAGUUAACAGAACAUCGACAGGAGUAGCUCAUGCUGAAGAAUUGGGAUAUCUGUUCAGAAGGAAUAUCAGUGCUUCUGCUGAUGAUGUACUAACUAGAACGAGAAUGAUCAGACUUUGGACCAACUUUGCUAAAUAUGGUGAUCCAACUCCAGUUUCAGAUGGAAUAUUGCAGAACCAAAAAUGGCUACCCAUAACUGACAACUCCACAAUGAACACACUGAGUAUCGAUUACAACUUAACAACAACCCUAAAUCCAGACAACAACGCUGUUACGUUCUGGGACAAACUAUACGCAAAAUAUGGACGCUCUCCGUUUGACACCUAUUGAAUUUAUUGUAUUUCUCGGUUUCUAAUUCCUUUCAUGGAAUUAUACAGUGCGAAAAGUUUGAAGUAUGAGUUACCAGCCAAGAUAGACUCCGAUAAAGACAAAUUUGGUUCAAACUUUUUUUUUAAUUCCGAAACAUUGUGAAUAAUACUCUAGAAAAAAUGUAUAAAAAAGACCGAAUAAAAGUUACGAAACAUUUUCAUUCA